AUGGAUGGGGACGAGCUAAUCGCCUCGGUCUUCCGCAAGAUCGAGCGGGAGAAGGCCCUCAUCACCGCUGCCAGUAAUAUGCGGCAGUCGACCGACAACCCCCUCGUGCAACAGAGAGUUGAUGCCAACAUCCGCGAUGGCCGCAAGAAUAUCGCUUACCUGGAGGAGAAAAUGAGAGAACUGCAAAUUCGUCAAAUGAACCAGGGAGGUGGUUCACCCGGUCAGCGUGGAGGCCCGGCGCCCCCGCCGAAAGACCACGAACAAGGCGAAUAUGGUGAUGCUCAAUACCCCCAGGGUGGUACUGGCUCGAUGCCUUCAGGUGCUCCUUUUACCGAUCCCCGACCUUAUGCUCCGAUCCCGAAAGCGAGGCCCAACUACACAAAGCUAGAUCUGAUUAAGUACGAUACGCCGUAUCUCGGACCGAAGAUUCAGCUUAUGCUGUCUCAACUCGAGUUCAAGCUGAGUGUGGAGAUGCAAUAUAAAGCCGGCAUUGAGAAGAUGGUCCGCUUGUACCAGGAUGAGGGAGACCGGAAGAGCCGCGCCGAUGCCGAGAACCGUCGCAUCGAGAGCAACCAAAAGAUCCAGCUUUUGAAGCAGGCGCUGAAGCGAUAUGAGGAUCUUCACGUUGAUAUUGAGUCGUCCGAUGCUCCAGACGACGAGAGUCUCAGCAGCCCGAACAUGCGCAAGCCGCUGACUGGUCUGUUGACGAUGCGCAUCCAUGCGGUUAAAGAUGUGGACCAUGCGGCCAGUUCUCGAUUUUCCCGCGGCCCAGAGACUUACGUGGUUGUCAAGGUGGAAGACACGAUCAAAGCGAGAACCAAGGCUACCCGAAAUGACAAAUGGCUGGACGAAGGCUUCUCCAUGGAUAUCGAUAAGGCAAACGAGAUCGAACUGACUGUUUACGACAAGUCGGGAGAUCGCCCAACCCCAAUCGGUAUGCUUUGGGUGCGCAUUUCCGAUAUCGCAGAGGAGAUGCGCCGAAAGAAGAUUGAGACCGAGCUCAAUGCAUCUGGCUGGGUGUCCGCCGAUAAGAUGGCCGAUGGCGGCGCCUCUCGACAUGAUACCCAUGGACCUCCCGUGGGUUCUUCACAUGGUGCCAGCUCUGGAGGCCGGCCGGGUACCUCGAGCCACGGUGGACAUGGGCAUCAUGGUGGGGAGAGUUCAAAUGCUCCUCCGAGUGUGAUGAUUGAUUCCUGGUUUGCGCUGGAGCCGGUUGGUCGCGUACAACUUCAAAUGAGCUUCGCCAAACAACUGAAGGAUCGCCGUCCCUUCGACAUUGGUCUCAACCGUCAAGGUGCCGUGCGCCAGAAGAAGGAAGAAGUACACGAGAAGCAGGGCCACAAGUUCGUUACACAGCAAUUCUACAACAUUAUGCGCUGUGCGCUGUGCGGAGAAUUCCUCAAGUAUGCCGCGGGAAUGCAAUGUGCGGAUUGCAAAUACACCUGUCACAAGAAGUGCUACUCCAAGGUUGUCACCAAGUGUAUCAGCAAAGCCAAUUACGAGACCGACCCGGACGAAGAGAAAAUCAACCACCGCAUUCCCCACCGUUUCGAGGGCUUUUCCAACAUCUCCGCGAACUGGUGUUGCCACUGUGGCUACCUGCUUCCCUUUGGACGCAAAAAUGCCAAGCGUUGCUCUGAAUGUAGUCUCACUUGUCACGCUCAGUGCACUCACCUUGUACCCGAUUUCUGUGGAAUGACGAUGGAAGCCGCAAAUCAAAUUCUCGAGACGUUGAUUCGCACCAAGAAUCACAACAAGUCUGCUUCUGUUAGUUCCGGCCUCAGCAACCGUACCCUCCGAGCAGGUGGCCCGCCGCAGCCCGCUCAAGACAACGCUGCUCUCUCCUACCCCCAGAAACCAAUGGAGGGCCCCUACGGGGCUGUUCCUAGACAACCCUCCGCCGAAGCGGUAAGCGCAGCCACUAAUUCGUUCAUGACUCCACAGUCGCCAAUCUCUGCACAGGCUGCACAGCGCCAACAACUGCCACCGAAGUCGCCCACUGGGGCAUCCGCCGCAGCUGCAGCAGCUGCAGCAGCUACCGGACUACGCAGCCCACAAUGUAUGGAAUUUCCUGACUAUCGAUUUGAGAAAAGUCCGUUGUAUUAA